GCGGAGGAGGGAGGAGGUGCGGAGCCGAGCGGAGCCGAGCCUAGCCGAGCCUAGCCGGAGGCAGCCGAGGAUGAUAAACACCCAGGACAGUAGUAUUUUACCUUUGAGUAACUGUCCCCAGCUGCAGUGCUGCAGGCACAUCGUUCCGGGGCCUCUGUGGUGCUCCGAUGCCCCUCACCCACUGUCGAAGAUCCCCGGUGGGCGAGGGGGUAGCAGGGAUCCUUCUCUUUCAGCUCUGAUUUAUAAGGAUGAGAAGAUCACUGUUAGCCAAGAUGUCCCGGUGCACGAAGGGAAGCCUCAUGUUGUCCACUUCCAGUACAAGGUCACAGAGGUGAAGACUUCCUCCUGGGAUGCAGUGCUUUCGAAUCAGAGCCUCUUUGUGGAAAUCCCUGAUGGGUUAUUAGCUGAUGGAAGCAAAGAAGGGUUAUCAGCACUGCUGGAAUUUGCUGAAGAAAAAAUGAAAGUCAGCUAUGUCUUUAUUUGCUUCAGAAAAAGCAGAGAAGAUAGAGCGCCGCUCCUGAAGACCUUCAGCUUCUUGGGCUUUGAGAUCGUGAGGCCUGGUCACCCCUCUGUCCCCUCGCGGCCAGACGUGAUGUUCAUGGUGUAUCCCCUGGACCAGAACUCUUCCUCUGAUGAAGAAUAGCUGCGGCGGGGGACCCGAGCGUGACCUGGAAACCUUUUGAGGGGAGAGAGGGUUACAUCUCCUUUCUUGAGGAAAGGGAAAACGAGCUUUUGUUGAACUGAAACUGCAUUUCUCAUUGUUAGAUUGGCCUGUGUAUCCUCAGAGUUGACUAUCUCAUUGAAACGUGUUGCCUAGAGAACUAUAUAUACACACAUGUAAUCACCAAAUAGUAAAUGGAAGAUGUUUAUCAACUGGCAUAGGAGCUCCUGCCCUGCAGCUGUGUGCCAUGCUGGCCUCGAGGCCUCGCUGGGCCGCGCAGGGAGCACAGCGGUAGAUGCAGCAUCGUCAGCCCGACUUCUCUCCUGGCUGUUGGUCUGUCCCCAUCACCUGAUGUGUGGCGUGCGCUCAUCUGACCGAACACCUCUUGGUUUUCACUCACUCUUAAAAGUAAGGCAUGUUUGGGGGUUAGACGUGUGGAGGAGGCGUGAGUUAACCUUUAACACUACAUUAAAACCCCUCUGCGUCUCUGCUUUGGGGCAACCAAUGCUGUUUUAACUGGUCUUUUUUUUUUUUCUUUUUUUUUUUUUUUUUUAAAGAAAAAAGGCCCAACUUUAUUUCCUCUUCCAGCUUUUGUUUAAGCAGUCUUACUCUGUCCAAUGUUACUGCUGCACUAUCACUGCGUUCAAUAAAAGGGGCAUUCAGAUUAACUUCA